UAAACACGGUGUGAGCGGGGAGAUGAGCGCUGCAGCGACACGGACGGAGCUGCGGUGAGUCCGAGAACUGCAGCAGAAAAACCGUCCAGCUCCUGCUGACAUUUUAUGUUCCGACCCAGCGGCUGAAAACCGGGAAUCAGAGCGCCGAGAUGCCGGGGAUGAUGGACAAAGGCUCGGAGUAUUUGGGCAAAGGUCGCUCAAACGGCACCAAGAGUCCGUCCAACGCCUCUAACGGACAUUUUUCUGACGAGAGCGGCAGCGACGACGAGCACGAUGUGGGGAUGCGGGUUGGAGCCGAUUAUCAGGCCAACAUCCCGGAGUUUGAGCCCGGUUCCACCAAGUACACAGAUAAAGACAGUGGAGGGAUGCUGGUUUGGUCUCCGUAUCACACCAUCGUGGACUCCAAAUUGGACGAAUACAUCGCUAUCGCCAAAGAGAAACAUGGAUACAACGUGGAGCAGGCUCUUGGAAUGCUCUUCUGGCACAAACACAACAUAGAGAAAUCUCUGGCUGACCUGCCAAACUUCACGCCAUUCCCAGAUGAGUGGACGGUGGAGGACAAGGUGCUGUUUGAACAGGCGUUCAGCUUCCAUGGCAAGAGCUUCCAUCGCAUCCAGCAGAUGUUACCGGACAAAUCCAUCUCCAGUCUGGUGAAGUACUACUACUCGUGGAAGAAGACACGUUCCAGAACAAGUCUAAUGGACCGACAGGCUCGUAAACUGGCUAACAGGAGUAACCAGGACGACAGUGACGAGGAGAUGGAGGAUGCCAAUCCUAUUGAAGCUAACGACAGCGACUACGAUCCCAACAAGGAAACCAAGAAAGAGAAUCAGGCCGAGCCGGUGGUACCGGGCUCUAAGGUGGCUUUGGGUCGGCGGGAGCACCAGACCCUGAUGCACCGACACCAUCAACGCUCCCGCUGCCGCCCCCCCAAAGGCAUGUACCUGACCCAGGAGGACGUGGUGGCGGUGUCCUGCAGCGCCUCUGCGGCCAACACCCUCCUCCGUCAGCUGGACAUGGAGCUGGUGUCCCUGAAGAGACAGGUUCAAAAUGCCAAACAGAUGAACAGUGGACUGAAACACAUGCUGGAGACGGGGAUCGAAGAGUUCCGACUGCCUGAGUGUAACCAGAAGGUGAACGCCCGCUGGACCACAGACGAGCAGCUCUUGGCUGUUCAAGGUGUCAGAAAGUAUGGAAAAGACUUCCAGGCCAUCGCAGAUGUCAUUGGGAACAAGACAGUGGGCCAGGUGAAAAAUUUCUUUGUGAACUACCGUCGGCGGUUCAACCUGGAGGAGGUGCUGCAGGAGUGGGAGGCGGAACAGGGAACUCGAGCUCCCAACGGAGACAGCGCCACCUCUGGAGAAGAGGGGAAGAACAGUUCAACCACUCCAUCAGGAAAGAGCACUGACGAAGAGGAGGAGGAGGGUCAGGUGACCUCCUCAAUAGCGUCUCCUGCUGCCUCUUCUUCUUCUUCAGCUCAAACUCCUGUGACGUCCAACGCCUCCUCCUCGUCCUCCUCCCUCCACCAGCCCCCUCCCCUCCUGCGGCCGUCCCUCCCAGCCACACCCUCCCUGCACCGCCAGCCCCCACCCCUCCAACAGCAGGCCCGCUUCCUGCAGCCCCGCCCCACUCUGCAGCAGCCCCCGCCUCUCAUCCGCCCCUCUAACCCCCUACCACCUCGCCUCAACCCUCGCCCUCCUGCUCCUAUGACCCUUGGUGGCAACCCCGGUGGGUCGGGCCCAAGCGCUGCUCAGCAGCCCUCCGUCCUGGCGGCCCACCAGUCGGACACAGCCCCAUCGUCCUCCCUUCACUAGCGAAUGUCAGACUGAUCUUCUGUUUAAGAAACUGAAGAAAGAUGUUCUGUUUCAACCUGAAAGCUGCCUCUGCAUACCUGCUGUGUUCAAGUCCUGUGGGAAAAUCUGACUGAAUUAAAAACAAUUGAGAUUUUCACUGCUACUGAUCAGCGUCUCCACUCUAACCAAACAAGGGCAUAAAGGUGACACAUUUAUACAAAGCAAGAUCUAAAAUUGUUUUUUAAUGUUUGGGGAACAAUUUGUUAUUGGUUUAAGUGUGUAUUCCCCACAGUACUUACAUGCAGCACACUGGCAGGUUUAGGGUCAUCCGGGUUUUAAGAUCGUUGUUUUAUAAAGGAGACUGGAAUGGAAGUCAUUUCAGAUGUCUGUAACAGAAAAUGUGUAGAGCAUUAAAUCAGAGCCUUGCAACUAUCAUCUAACCCACAGCAGAUGUGGCAUCCCACAGGGUUCAAUCCUGGGUCUCUUUGUUUUCUGCAUAAAUGUCUCCAUCUGGAGUUAAUUGCAUUAACCAGAAACAGAAAUUUAACACAGUCAUGCUUGUUAAAUAUUUUAAGUAAUUUAGUCACAAUCGUAAACAUGCCUAUUAAGAGUGCAGUAAUGCUAGAAGCUCUGUGAGGCUGUACUUUGGGAAAACUUUGAGCUAAAGGCUAAUGUCAGCAUGCUAACAUGUGCACAGUUACAAUGCUUUUUUAAAUUAGCAGGUAUAUCGCUUUCUAUCUUCACCAUCUUAGUUUAGCAUUUUAGCAUGCUAAUAUUUGCCAUUAGUUUUGAAGGAAUUUUGAGCUGAUGGUGGCACAAGAAAAGUGAAAAGUCAGAGGAUCACCAAAGUUAUUUGAAUUCAUCCAUCCUUCCAUCGGUCUAUCUUUGUUUUUCUACAGCAAGGUGGUAACCCCAACAGGCCAACAUUUCUAGAGCUAUAGAGCCAUAUAGGCUAAAAAGCUUGAUUUUGCAUUACUGUCUACAGACAAAUUCAUACAUAUCUGAAAACACUACGUCAAGAACCUGAAUAAAUAUAAUAUUAAGCAUGAAGCUCCUUAUUUGUUGAAAUCCUUGUGGUCUGUUGGGGUUUAAAAGUUAUCUCUGCAGUGGGGAUGAACUCUUUAGAUUCUAAUGACCUUUUCCUCUAGCGCCACCCUCAGGACAGAUUUGCAUAUUUUAUGAAGAGAUUAUCAGGAUGUUAAUUAUUCAUAAUUUUCACUACAGCCUCUACAGGACAAAAGCAGAACUAUUAGACUUUUAUUUAAAGGAUUCCUCUGGUAACUUUCUGUACUUUUCUUAAUGUCAACAAAUACCAUGCAGAUCUAAACCAAAAAUGUGUUACACGUCAUCUCAAUACUUUAUGACUUCCCGACUCUGUCUGUUGCUCUCAGCUCAGUCCAUCCGUUCCUUCUAAAGAUCAGUGACUCACAAAUGUGUAGUUUUAUCAGCUGAUCACUGCAGCUGGCCAACGACGGGAGGAAAUUUGUUGGGGACUAUUUUUUAGCAUCAGAUCAGCCUACUUUUGGUGCCCUUGUGAGUAUUUGGGGCAGCAGCUGAAUUAACACAACUACAGUGUGUGUUCAUGGUGAUGAAGGAACAUGUCGCCCAGUGCAACAGUGCUACCUUAACUCACAAUAACAUACAGAAAAUCAUCAGAAUUAUACUUUAAUGCUCUGCUACUGAGCUAAAAAUGGCUGAUCGCAGUUUACAUGAUCUGUCCACGAGAAUGGCAUUGUAUCCAUGGUAACCGGUGGUAGAUAAAUGAUAGUCUCGAUGAAGAUUAAACUCAAGGCCUCAGUGUUGUGUACAGUAGCAUUAUACUUCAACAUGUACAGUUUGGUAUGUUUUUGAAUAAUUUGUAACUUGAGGUCCAUCCAAUCAGCUGUCAGGAACUUGUUAACUCUGAAACAAACAGCUGCAGUACAUAAGGUUUUAUAGUUCAUUUGAUGCUUUCUGAAAACACUAAACCUUCGCCCAGACAUCUUUCAACAUCUGUAGAAAUGAAACAUGUUCCUUGCUGUUCUAUUGCAGAGUAGCUGUUGUUUCCUACUUGAACUUUCAUUUGGAAGCUAAAAAACAUUUCAUUAUCCCCUGGACUCAUCAUGUAAAUCACACGUGCUGUCUUUCCAUUAUUUAUUCUUCUUCCUGGUGCUACCAGUUUGGACUCGGUGUAAAAUAUCAUUGUGAAAGUGCUCUUAAUGCUUUUUGGACAAACAUGCAUCACAGCAUUAAAUGUACGGUAACUGGAAUCGUACAUAGUGUCCUUUGAGUUUCAGUAGUACUUGUAAAAUAUUGAUGUUCAUUUGGAGCUGCUGAGAACUCUCUCUGAGGUUGUUGGCUGUUCUCAUUAAAAGCUUCAUUUGUA